CUCUUCGGCGGCCGGCAUUCGCCCCGUGCGAGAGGCGAAGAGCUUCACAACAUGCUCAUCCCCGCUCUCAGCAGCAGCAGCAGCGCCAGCAGCAUCAUCAGCACGAAUUCCGCCGCGCUCUCUCCCACUCCGGGCUCCUGUUUCAUGCUCCCGAGUCCGCUCUGCUUCGCUAAAAUAAGCGCGUGCCGCCAUGCCGAAGGGAGGAAAACAAGGAGAGCGGUAUUUUUAGGGCCAUUCAUCGUGACCACGUGCCCCCAGGGCGAGCCGGACGGCCGUUGCGCAAAGGUCGCCCGUCAGUAUGGCCCGCGAGGCCGAGGCGCGCUGGCCGCCGACCUCGCUCCUUCUCCUGUGUUUCCUCGUCGGGCUCGUGGUGUCGGAGCCGGCGGCGGCGGGCGGGACUAACGGGACGUCGCUGGAGCGGCGCUGGGAGAGCCUGUUCUCGCGCUCCGUGCUGGGGGGGAUCACCGGCGAGCGAGCGGACCUGAACUGGGAGAGCGACUAUCUGCUGGGCAUCAAGAGAGUGCGGAGGCUGUACUGCAACGUGGGCAUCGGGUUUCACCUGCAGGUCCUGCCGGACGGCCGGAUAAACGGUGCACAUAAUGAGAACCAGUACAGUCUGAUAGAGAUUUCCACUGUGGAGCGAGGGGUGGUUAGUCUGUACGGCGUGAAAAGCGAGCUCUUUGUCGCAAUGAACAGCAGGGGAAGGCUGUACGGAACGCGUACCUUUAAGUCUGAGUGCAAGUUCAAGGAGACCUUGCUGCCAAAUAACUAUAAUGCCUAUGAGUCUUCCAUUUACAAAGGAUUCUACAUUGCUCUCAGCAAACAUGGCAGAGUGAAGAGAGGCAACAAGGCCAGUACCUCUAUGACAGUCACGCACUUCCUCCCUCGAAUAUGAGCAAGACUGGCACUUGCGAUGUUUUUGCACAUGUGGAAGUUCUCUCACAUGGGAGAUUUGAAAACAUAAAUACGUACCCACAAAACUAAACAGACUGCAAAAAUACCACUACAAUAGUAUUUAUUCUGUCUUUGUAUAUGUAUAUUUGGAUAGCUAAACCUUUUUUUGUUAAACUUAUGUAUAUGCCAUUUUUGCUGCUUCUCCUUUUUUAUAUAAACACUUCUGGAUGUGGAGGUAUUGGCUCCUCCCCUUAACUUGGUGCUUACCAGGACAGAAGGGGUAACACUGGAAUGGAUGGCAGUUGUCCUCUUCAGCUUUGUAAUGUGAAGUAUUAUUUUUUUAUUACCUCAGAUUCCCCUGAAUGGGUGAACAGGAUGCACAGAGUUAUGCAGAGAAUGCGUGUUUAUGUUUUUUUUUUUUUUUUAUCUGAGCUGACUCAAGCUUUGAUGAAUUUUCUUAUUUUUUGUUUUGUUUAUUUUCUCUAGUUUUCUUGCCAUGGAAACAUGAGAGCACUUAAAGCAAUGCGGAUCCCUUUUUGCUGCAUGAUGAUGAGCUGAGGUGCCUUGGCAUUCCUCCAUGCCGCCCCUUUAACAUGCAUUCUCCGAACGCUCCAGGGAGUCAGAAAUAGGGCUGAUAUGUUAUCCAGAACCCUGGUGGGACUCUUCUGCAAGUACCGCCCAAGGGUGGUGGGGGUGGGGGUGUUGGGUUUAACGGCUGGGGUAUCUGAACUUGAUUUUACUUUAAUUAGAGAACAUUCUGGCCAGUCAUGCUUUUGGCCUAAAUAGUGAAUCACCAAUGAUAAUGGUAAAGCCAAAUGUAACCUUGUUUGCUUCUAAGGUUUACUGUCUUUCUUGGCACCUUUGAAGUAGGUUAAAAAAUGUGGUGAAACACUAUACACUGUCUGUUCCGGCAGAGCUUACCCAAGAGUUGCUUUAAGCCUGUCAUAUUUUGCACUCUAGUUUCAGCUGUUUUACAACUAAAAAGUGUGGAUUUUUGAGAAAUGGAAAUGUUUGUACAAAAACACACACAGGAAAACGAAAUAAUAUAUGUUCUAUAAUGAAGACACUGCUGCUAAAUUAUAGCAAUGCUUGUUUCUGGUAUGGCUGAAGAGAAGGUACUCAAGCUUUUUGCAAUGUAUGUAUGAGUUUCCAAAACCAAUGAAAAUGCUGUACAUAAUGACACCUUGCUAAAUAGCUGGGGGCGAAGUGCUUUGCUGUCUCUUGUAAUUGCAAAGUAAAUUGUGUUUCAGGUUGCACAAAGAGGCCAGUUGUGCUGGUGUCUGCUAUUUGGGGUGCGGUUGGGGGUGCCCAGGACAUAUUUAUUAAUUCAUGUUUGUGGGAGUGGGUGUGUGCAUGAGUGAGUGGAUGUGUGAUGGGGAGUGGUUUGUGGCAGAGUCCCCAGGGAAACAGGAGUGAGCGUGAGCUGGGCAGUGUUCUUCGAGGCUAAGCAUCUCUGCGGCAGCACCACUGCAGUGGCACAGAACUGUCUAGAGGCCACUGCUAUUGCUGCUGCUGCUGGCAAAUGAAAUUACAGGGUUGCUGGCAUGGCAUUCAAGUAGGAAAGAUUUGUCUUUUGUCUGUUUAAAACUUGAGGCCAUCCUCAUUUUUCCACCCAACCUUAGAGAAAUUGUUCCUUUUAAAAAUAACAGGGUAGGACUAUUUAAUAUAGUGGGAGAUGUUUGAGGCACUGUGGUAAGAGUGUUCAUUCUGCUGCAUGUAUGCAGCUACUGGCCCUGUAAGGGAAUUAGACAAUGGCUUGUUAAAUACCUGAGCAAAGUUUCAGCUGCCUGGGAAGCCUACUGCCCUGUUAUUCCUGCCAAAUGCCACUGAUAUGAUAUGCCACUGAUAAUACCCACAUCCUGACGACAUGCACAAGAUGGUCUACAUCCCUGUGCUAAGCGAAGUUUCCCAUCUUCUCCCUUCAUUAGUCUAGAUGCAUUAAAGUUAAAGGUUUAAAGUGUGACUAAAACUGGUGGAAUCCACAAAUUUAAUAUACAAAAGCAUUGUAAUAUAAAGAGCAUGUUAAGAUCACUGACACUUUUUUUUCCCAAAGCUUGUAACUGCAGUCGGCUAAAUUUCCUGUGAACUAAAUCCAUGCUAAGAGACUUCCUGUACUGUCUGUAAAGACACAUGGAAAGAAAAAAGUAGAGUGGAUUGCUUAAAAUCCUUACAGAUUUUGCUCUGUAUUAAUUACACCCUUUACCACGAUUUUACCAUUAAGUCAUCCUUAACAUGUUUGUUAUCAUGUUUGGAACCUCGGUGCACUGUAUAUUAAACUCACAAAUACUUGACAAAAAUCUCAUUAACCUGCAUGUUCAAUCUAUUAUCAUGCAUUAUUAAUAUGUUUUAAGCUUCUUAGAAACUCUUGUUAGUGAAAGGUGAAGGACAGAGUCACAGGAGCCAUAGCUAUCAUAGCCAAUUAAGAAUGAGCAGGGUGCAUGAACAUUGUAUAGUCUGAGCAUUUCUAAGAGUUUAUGUGUGUGUGAAGCACAUUUAUAUUGUAAAAAUGUUUAUUUGGCAUAUAAUAAGGAAGACAGUUUCAUGUUAGAUGUCAGCAACAGGAGGGCAAUGAAUGUCUCUGGCCCAGUUAUUCUCCACACAUGCUGGAUGCAGCCAACGGCCAACUCCUCAAGGGCUGUGAGAAUAUUAUAUAAAUUUUAGGAUUUGGGAUGUCGUUGUGCUCUGAUGUGCGAAGGGGCUGUUUUUUGUGGCUGAAGCUGUACCUUUUUGUUAGUUAAAUGGAAAACUGUUAUUCUAGAACAGGGUGUUAUUCUAGAAAAUAUUAACUGCCUGUUAAUAUUUUAGCAGCAGUAACAGCCCUUUAAUCUGAUAUGUUUGUCUGACAUUGUUUCCCCUAAUUCAGCAAGACUCCUAAAAAAAGAGGUAUCGCACAGGGUUCUUUGUGCUAUUCCAAAGAAGAUUGACUUUUGGUUCUCUAAAGGUCAAUGAACAUGGGAAAGUUCCUUUCAAAGGUUUUAGGAACCAUCACAUUAAGAACCACAACAAUUUGGGCUACUUCCUAUAAAACUGACUGUUUGUGGAUGUUCUUAAAACUGUCAAGAGGUUCUUCAUAUUCACAUUCAUUAACAAACUGAAUCCUCUAAACACCCAUCCAAUGAAAAUGGGGAGCAUUACAUAUAAAACACUUUUAGCACUCUCUUAAAGAAAUACCAAAAAAACAUUUUCUUAUUGUUUAUUUGUUUAUUUUUGAAAACCAAAUUAUUGACUACUAUAAACAGUUCCUUGAGUAACAAUUUUGGUUUUCAAAAACAUUUUUGAAGUACAAAUGUGUGAGUGUGAAGAACCUUUCUAAUGUUCAAAGAAAUGUAUACCUAAAUAAGUGCUGGUUGCUCGGUGCGUACUGAACGCUGGACAUUGUGAAAUUCAGGGGCAUGUGUGACAAUUCAGAGUGCGCUUUCUCUCAUUCUUUGUUUCUCCUUUCUUCUCUCUUUUUCUUUCUCUUCUUUCUCUCUCUCUCUGGUAGUGAGGGCCAUGUUUGCCCACCAUUCUCCUUCUCACUGUUAACAUAUACCUCACCUCCUGCCUUAGUUAUGAUUUAUUACAAAGAUUGUGAAGCAGUAGGAAACAGACAUGCUCAAUCAUUUGUUUCUGAAAGCCAAUAAUGCUAUGUGUGAAAACAAAACUAUUUUUUAAAAAGUGUUUUUCCUUUUAUUUUUGUACGUAUGUGCUGUGCACAGCAGUGUAACCAUAUUCCUGAAACCAAUUAAAGUUUGAUUUUUUAACAA